CUUCUCUACAGCUACAUGAACAAUCAACAAGCAGUCAAAGAUACUAUAAAAGCAUUACAGGGAGCAAAUGGUAAAACCACUCAAAAUUCAAAAGAUAUUGCUGACAUCUUAAACAAAAUUUUUCAAGCUGCAUUUGUGAAAGAAGAUGAUGAUUCAGAAGAUUCAUUGGAAACUGAUUCUGAUCUACCAGAUAUUAAUGAUUCUGCUGAAGAUCUCAGUGAUGAUUCUCAACAUAAUAGUGAAGAAAAUAAUGAAGGAGAGUCUGUUUCUGAAACAUCUGAAAAUGGUGUGCAUUCUUACAUGGGAAGCGGAAUGAAUGAACUUAGUGGUCGCCAGAUUCAUGAAGAAGGAGCAAUAAUAACGCUUCCUUUAUUUUAUCAGGCAGGAAUUAUCAUUGUACCUGGACAAAUCUUGCCUUUAAAUUUGUUUCAUCCUCAGCCAAUCGAUAUGAUGGAAAAAGUUGUUGCCUCUGAUAAAACAUUUGGUCUUGUUAUAAAAAGUGGCGAAGCCAGAAGAGAUGAAGCUGACAAUGGUGGCGUGUUUCUUGCGUCAGUGGGUGUAACAUGUGAAAUAUUUUCUUUCCGAGAAUACGAGGAGUAUGGGUAUAAAAAACUAAGCUUAAAAGCUCAGGGGCGUCAGCGGUUUAAAAUAUUAAGCAAGAGCUCUCAGCUAGAUGGGGUAAUAAUGGGUACAGUUGAAAUUCUUCCAGAAACUAUUUAUUCUCACCCUCCCUCAUCAUUAGUUUAUACAAUAUAUCAGCAUCCCAGUUCAAUAAGAAGUCAAGUAAUUGCCAAUUGCUGUUAUUUAGAAAAAAGCUUGUUGAAAAAUAAUGAACAACGAUAUAUGGCUGGCUUCCAGAGAAGAACAGUUGGAAAAUUAUGUUCAAGUCUUACGCACCUUCCUGGAUGGGUGUAUAAGUUUUACAACUCAUGUUUUUUGAUGGAUUGCUUGGUAAGAGAAAUUCGAAGCUGGAAUGAUAACUUGGAAAUCGAAAAGUUACCAACAAAUCCUGUUGAGUUCUCUUAUUGGAUGACAGCUAAUCUUCCCCUAACAAUGGAUAUGAAAAUUGAUCUUCUUAAGAUUACAUCAGCUUCUAUGCGUAUGCAAAAGCUUUUAGGAAUCAUGAGAAAGUGUGGUUCAUCUCUGGCAUGUGCUUCGUGUGAAUCAAUCAUUACAGAUAAAAAAGAGUUAUUUUGCUUAUCGGAACGAAGUCCUAUGGCUGCUUACGUAAACUCCUAUGGAUAUGUUCACGAAACAGCUACUUUUUAUAAAGCCUCUAACAUAUCUCUUACUGGAAGACCUUCUACAGAAUAUAGCUGGUUUCCAGGCUACGCGUGGACCAUAGCAUUAUGUAAGUGUUGCCACAAAGAUCUAGGUUGGAAAUUUACUGCAACUCAUAAAGGAUUAACUCCUUCAAAGUUCUGGGGCUUGACUCGCAAGAGCUUAAAACCGAUCUUCAAGGAUGCUCCAACUUUAAAUGAACCGAGCGAAUAAACUUUUCUUUUUCAAACGUCCUAAAAAGCAUUGAUUUAUUUUUACCUACAAACAGUAUCCAUUUUCAUUGUUCUUUAAUGUAAAUAUUAGUAACAAAAAAUUUUUAAAUCGAAGCUUCGAUAUGAUCUUGGAUAAUAUUUAUAUAUAUACAUUUUUUUAUAAAUCUUUGAUUAUUGGAGUAUAUGAUCCUUGGAACAUAUAGUGUAUGUUAUUACAUAUUAAUAAAAAUGAGUUUAAACAA